AGGAAAGUCAAUCUGUCAGUUCCUGCUUUAAAAGGAGGGUUCAUAGCUCUGAAGCCUGGCUGGGUGAUCCAGGUGAUUCUGGAUUCCUGCAUCAGGACAACCGCAUUGAACUGCAAUGCAAGCACAUGAGUUGUUUAGACACCUACGAAUGCCAGAACUUGGGGAUGUCAGACAGUAUGUGCGCACCCUUCCGACAAACACGCUGAUGGGCUUUGGUGCUUUCGCAGCUCUCACAACCUACUGGUAUGCGACGAGACCAAAAGCACUAAAACCACCAUGUGAUUUAGCAAUGCAGUCUGUGGAAGUAGAGGGUGGUGAGCAUGCUCGAAGGUCGUCUCUUCUUAACAGUGAUGAACCGUUGAUUUACUACUAUGAUGAUGUGAGAACAGUUUAUGAUAUCUUCCAAAGGGGUGUACAAGUAUCAAAUAAUGGUCCAUGUCUAGGUGUUAGAAAACCAAACCAGCCGUAUGAGUGGAUCUCCUAUAAAGAGGUUUCAGACAGAGCUGAGUGUGUGGGCUCUGCGUUACUCCACCGAGGCUUCAAACCAUCUCAUGUUCAGUAUAUAGGAAUCUUUUCACAAAACAGACCUGAGUGGGUUAUCAUUGAACAGGGAUGCUAUGCAUUCUCCAUGGUGGUGGUGCCACUCUAUGAUACACUGGGAACUGAAGCAAUUACCUACAUUGUGAACAAAGCUGACUUGUCAUUGGUUUUCUGUGACAAACCUGACAAGGCCAAACUUCUGCUAACCAGUGUGGAGAAGGGGGAAACUCCAAUACUCAACACCAUUGUUAUCAUGGAGUCUUUUGGCAUGGAUCUUGUGGAACGUGGCAAAAAGUGUGGAGUGGAAGUCUUCAGCAUGAGAGAAAUAGAGGAGCUGGGAAGAGCACACAGGCAAAAACCUAUGCCUCCAAAGCCAGAAGAUCUAGCAGUCAUCUGUUUCACCAGUGGAACGACAGGAAACCCCAAGGGAGCUAUGAUCACUCAUCAAAACAUAGUCAGCAACGCUUCAGCUUUUGUGAAAACUACAGAGAAAACACUUAUGCCUUCUUCUGAUGAUGUUCUGAUAUCAUUCCUGCCCUUGGCUCACAUGUUUGAGAGAGUCGUUGAGUGUGUGGUUCUGUGCCAUGGAGCUCGGAUAGGAUUCUUUCAAGGGGAUAUCAGACUACUUAUGGAUGACCUAAAAACACUGCAGCCAACUGUAUUUCCUGUAGUACCAAGACUGUUGAACAGAAUGUUUGACAAGAUUUUUGGACAGGCAGAUACCUCAUUAAAGAGGUGGAUGCUGGAUUUUGCUUCCAAGAGGAAAGAAGCAGAACUCAGAAGUGGUAUAGUUAGAAAUAACAGUUUCUGGGAUAAAGUCAUCUUCCGCAAAAUACAGGCAAGUUUGGGAGGAAAAGUGAGGCUGAUGGUUACAGGAGCAGCACCUGUAUCUGCAAGUGUACUGACCUUCCUGAGAACAGCUCUUGGCUGUCAGUUCUAUGAAGGUUAUGGACAGACUGAGUGCACAGCUGGAUGCUCACUGUCACUGCCUGGUGACUGGACAGCAGGUCAUGUUGGAGCACCUAUGCCAUGCAGUAUCAUCAAGCUUGUUGAUGUACAAGAAAUGAAUUACUUGGCUGCCAAAGGAGAGGGUGAGGUGUGUGUAAAAGGGCCAAAUGUAUUUUGUGGCUAUUUGAAAGAUCCAGAAAAAACAGCAGAAGCUCUGGACAAAGAUGGCUGGCUUCAUACAGGAGAUAUUGGGAAAUGGCUACCAAAUGGUACUUUGAAGAUCAUUGACCGGAAAAAACACAUCUUUAAACUAGCCCAGGGAGAGUACAUAGCACCAGAGAAAAUAGAAAAUGUGUAUCUGAGAUGUGAAGCACUUGCUCAGGUGUUUGUCCAUGGAGAGAGCUUGCAGGCCUUCUUAGUAGCUAUUGUGGUACCUGAUCCUGAGACUUUGCGCACCUGGGCCAAGAAAAAGGGAUUUGAAGGCUCAUAUGAAGAGCUAUGCAAAAACAAGGACCUCAAAAAACACAUUCUGGAAGACAUGGUGAGGAUUGGGAAAGAAUCUGGUUUGAAGUCAUUUGAACAGGUCAAAGACAUUGUCAUGCACACUGAAAUGUUUUCUAUUGAAAAUGGCCUGCUGACACCAACACUGAAGGCGAAGAGACCAGAACUGCGAAAAUAUUUCCAGUCACAGAUAGAUGAACUCUAUGCUAAUGCCAAAAUGUAACUGAGAAUGGAAUGAGGAAAGUGGCACAUGUCUGAUGUCUACUGUUGGCCUUCAUAUCUGUAAUUCGACUACAGCAAACAUAGGGAAGGAAACUGUGCAAUCAUUAACUUGUACAAAAAUGGGUACUUGCCCCAUAGGAACAUUGAAGAAAUGGAACACUGCCUUACUGUCAAGUUGUGUUGCAUACUGUUUUUAUGGUGACCUACAAUUUCCAAAAAGAGCCUUAACUAUAAAUGGUAACUAUAUGUAAGUUAUUUAAGACUUCCUUGGCCAAAAAUGGGACUCUCCUUUGCCAAGGAGCUAAGGUUUUCUUAUUGCCAGCAUGUUUGCUGUCUGCAGUGUAUUUUGCAGUUGUCAAUUCCACAAAGGAUUUGGCAGGUUUGAAAAUGCCUCUAAGUAUCUUGCAUCCUCAGAAAGAUUACUUAAUCUGUUCAAAAAAAACCCAAAACAAACCACCAGGAAAAAAAAAAUACCCUUACAGUUGUAUAGCUGGUAUCACAUCUUGCAUUAGUCCUAAUAUUAACAGGGGCAAGGCAUCUGUGUGGGUGUUUUUUUUUUGUUGGGUUUUUUUUUUCCUCCUCCCUUCUAUAUAUCUGCAGCCAGUUCUGAGAUGUACUUUUAUAAGGUAGAAGUCAGAACUCUACACAAAAGAGACUGAUGAAUAGGAGUUCCUCAGAGUAAGUCUGCAUUUGGUGGUUCUGCACUGGAAGUGUGGAUGCAGGUAAUUCAGCAAGCGUAGCCUUUGCUACAUUAACACAAAUCCAGAGUAAUGCCAGCCCUGUAAAUGAACAGAUCCUAACUCUGGCAAGAACACUAGAGACCGAAAAGCAAAACCAUUCAGGAGGCUGGGCUAUGCUAACAGUCAGGUAAACAUUGCACCUAUACUAGCCACUUGUUUCCCUGUAAUGAACAUGUAUUUAAAAUGCAUUUUUUUUUUAAAAUGUGCCAGGUCCUCUAUAAGCAGAAGAGCUUCUGACAUAACCUCUCAGUUUUCUGUGCUUUAUGUAUGAGCCACUGAGUAUUCUUCACUAAAUAGCAAAAUAGGUCAGGUAGAAUGUUUUUGCCUGAUGCUUUGCAGCAAUUGGAAGUAUUUAUAUAUGCCAACAGAACUGUGUGUUGGCACAGGAUAGGUAUUUGUUCAGGGAUAAAAACCUAAUUCCCAGAUAAAUUACAAAAUAACUAGUUACCUUUUGUUUGAGCAAUCAGCAGAAAUAAGCCUUAUUACAGCAUAAGUCUUUUGCUAUCCUUAACAGAGUUGGUUUUGCAUUGGCAUUCAUUGCUGUUUUUUGAAAACAUGGAUAUAUGUAAAAUACAAGCACAACAAGGUUUGCACUAAGAUUUGUGUGUGAUUGUAAUGCACUACCCUGUAGCAUAAUUUCAUACAUGUGUGCAAUUAAGGUACACAAAUCCAAGUCAACUGUUAGAGCAGUAGUUUGUUACAUUGGAAUUCAAAUGUUUGCUUAGUGUUGGCUAUUUCUAUGUUUUAUAAAACCAAAACAAUUUUCAAAACCAAUGAAGGAAACCAAAAUAAAUAUUUCUGCAUUUCAA